CAGGCGACCGUUAAGACUCCCCAAACAAACAAAACCCCAACACUCAGCUCUUUUAGCUUUUGUCUCUUGACCAUGACUGUCGCCACCGCAGCCACAACCCAAACCAAGAAGCUCAUGAAGCUCGGCCUCUCUCUUUUCCGACGGGGCUUCAACUCCUCCAAAUGCAAAACGGCGGCGAAGAUGGCGGUGGCGAGAAUAAAGCUGCUGAGGAACAAGAGGCAGGUGGUGGUGAAGCAGAUGAGGCGUGACAUUGCUUCUCUGCUUCAGAAAGGUGAAGACGCCACUGCUCGUAUUCGGGUUGAACAUGUGAUUAGAGAACAGAAUGUUUUGUCUGCCAAUGAGUUCAUUGAGCUGUUCUGUGAGCUAAUCGUGUCUAGACUUCAAAUCAUCGCAAAACAAAGGGACUGUCCGGCGGACCUUAAAGAAGGGAUUGCUAGCUUGAUCUUUGCAACACCAAGGUGCUCUGAGAUUCCGGAACUGGUGGCACUAAGGAAUAUCUUUGAAAAGAAAUAUGGAAGAGAUUUUGUAGCUGCUGCUACUGAUUUGCGACCUGACUGUGGUGUGAAUCGCAUUCUCAUUGACAAGCUCUCUGUUAGAACUCCUACUGGUGAAGUAAAGCUGAAAAUCAUGAAGGAAAUAGCGAAGGAAUACCAGGUUGAUUGGGACACAACAGAAUGUGAACAAGAACUUCUGAAACCUCCAGAAGAGACUAUAGACGGACCUCGCAACUUUGUUAGUGCUACCAGCUUGCCCAUCACAACUCGAUCUUUUGAGUCUAACAAGUCAGAAACCAGGCAUUCUUCCAGUUCAUUGCGCAGAACAAGUGGUGGUGGAGAAAGGGAAAAUAGUUCUGUGCGCAGAAUGAGUGGUGGUGCAGAUAGGGAAACAAGCUCUUUUCACAGAACAAGUGGUGGUGGAGAAAGGGAAUACUUGCAAUUUGCAGAUUCAGCAGCAGCUGCUGCAGCAGCCGCAAAAUCUGCUAGUGAUGCAAUGGCUGCUGCCCAAGUGGCUGCAUUUCUGGCCAACAAAGAUCGAGCAUCUGCUAAUGAAUUCAAAACCCUUUCGGGCAAUUCCACUGGUGAAAAAGAACAAGAUAGUCCAGCUGUAGACUCAUAUGAUGCAGAUCAUCAACAUGAAGCUGAGAGAAAAACGCACUGGUCUGAGAGUUUGGACAAGCCAUUUUCUUCAAACAAUGAUGUUAGCCAUGGAGGAGAGGCGAAUAAUUUUCUCUAUAGAAGGUACAGCUACAAUGCACCAUCAGAAAAUUCAGGUAUCAAGUUUGAUGAAUCAGACACCGAUGAGGAGAUUGAAUUGGAGGCACCUCCUAGUGGAAAUCAUCAGGCGCCAAAGCGUACUCCACCACCAGUACCUUCUGCAGCUGUUAGGCAGGACUCACUUCAUCGCGUCCAUCCCAAAUUGCCCGAUUAUGAUACACUUGCUGCUCGCUUUGACGCCCUUAAGCAUCAUCACAAAUAAGCCUGGAGUUUUAGAUUCGCUUGUGCGCCACUUUUUGCUUGUAAACUUCAUAUAUACACAUACUGCAUGCGCAGUGCAAAUACUAACAGAAAGAUUGCUUAAGCACCAGUUUUAGCC